GAAUUAAGCCUUGCCUUGCCAGUUUGCAGGCCACGUGGCUAGCUUGGCUUUACAGAACUGUACUUGCUGUUGAGAUGGAUUCAACUGUAACUACUAUUAUUGAUGAGUCAGCCCCACCUGCAAAGAAACCAAGACUCACUGAUGACCCCACUGCAGCUCCACGGCCACAAAACGGUGACAAAACAACUCAUCACACCAGAGAAGAAGAUGUUGGCAUCUCUCAAUACAUUUCCCCUCACCCUGGCAUCUUUGCCAUCCUCAAGCAAAGGUACUCUGACUUCAUUGUUCAUGAGUUAGCCCUGGACGGCAGUAUGGUACAGUUGACUAGUUUUGAUCUGCCACCUGACCUCCCAGCCCCUGCAUCAGUAAAUUUGGAAGAUUUUUUCGCCUCUUCUGACAUUGACAAACUUCGCUCCCUGUCAGGGAAAAGCGAUGAACAGGAGGAAGUGAUUAUCCCAUUGAGUGAAGAUGUGAGCAAAGAGGGCAGGAAGAGCAUGCACACAGCCAUAAGAGAGCACUUCCCCACUCUAGAGAGCAGCACUGAGGACAGUGAGAAGGGAGGAAAGAAGAUUAUCGUGCAGCGAGGAGCCACCGCUAGAAAAGAUCAAAGUGGGCGGAGUAAGUGGAGCAAGUGGCCGCAGGGAAGAGGGGACCACUGUCAGUUUGUCCUGUACAAGGAGAACAAGGACACCAUGGAAGCAAUCAGUCUCAUCUCACACAUCCUUAGGGUCAAGUCAUCCAUCUUUCAUUAUGCUGGGACCAAGGAUCGCAGAGCCGUUACAUCACAACUGGUAACAGCCUUCAGAGUUUCAGCCGAGAAGUUGACCACUCUUAAUAAAUCUGGCAAGAACCUCAAUGUUGGCAACUUCAGGUAUGUCCCAGAUCAGUUGCGUCUAGGAGAUCUCACUGGCAAUAGAUUCUCACUAGUUCUCAGGAAGGUGUCUUGUGAGGAUGGUGUGUUAGAAGCCGCGUUUGCAUCAUUGAGAGAUGUUGGUUUCGUGAACUACUUUGGAAUGCAACGGUUUGGUACGUCAGUCGUUCCUACACAUCAUAUUGGCAGAUGUCUCAUACAUUCGGACUGGGAGGGUGCCAUUGCGCUGAUCCUAAAGCCUAGGCACGGAGAUUCUGAGGAGGUGAAUGCAGCUAGAGAGCACUACCACUCCACAAAGGACGCCGCUGGAGCUCUCAAAAGCAUGCCAAGAUGGAAGUCUAUUGAACGGCAGCUAUUACAAGGUCUGGAGAGCCACGGGGAAAAGAAAAACUUUCUUGGAGCUCUAAAUUUUAUUCCUCGUAACACAAGAUUGAUUUACGUACACAGUUGGCAAAGUUAUAUAUGGAACAAGAUUGUCUCCUGGCGACUGCAAACGCAUGGCCUCACUCCUAUCCCCGGUGAUCUUGUGUAUAGAGAGGCAGCAACUAGUAGUCAUAAUUCAAAGUCAGACGUGGAUGUUAUCACCGAGGAGACGUUAUCAAAAUACACCGUGCAUGAUGUGCUGUUGCCGUUGCCUGGUUUUGAUGUGAGAUGGCCUGAGAAUGAGGCAAAGGAGGAGAUGAUGAGGCUGCUCUCUCUGGACGGGGUCAGUGUGGAUCAGCUGCAGCAUAGAGUCAAGGACUUUUCUCUCUCUGGUAGCUACCGAAAUAUCGUGGCCAAGCCAAGUGAUGUCACAUGGGAGGUGAUGUGUUAUGACGACACCACUGAGCCUCUGUUUCAGACAGAUAUGGAUAAGAUGAACAGCAAACCACCACCCUCAUUUGUAGCUGGUGGUGGUGAGCACAAAGCUCUGAAGGUUGAGUUCAGUUUGCCCUCCUCUACGUAUGCUACCAUGGCUCUCAGAGAAGUACUAAAAAUGGACACUUCCGCAGCUUUUCAGACUACACUCAAUUAGUGACAAAAUGUGUGUUUAUACAUACUAGAAAACAAACUCAUGUUCAUUCACCCCGUUCCAUUUUCUAUAUUUUUCAUUGGUAUAUUUUUCUCUUGGCACAAAAUUGUGAGUAGACUCUUCAUUUUAAGUGGGGAAAAAUUGUAUGCUAUGCAAAGUUUAUUACAGUAUCACCAUUUUGUAUGAGCAUAAAAAUAUUUCGGAAUUUCA